GGGAGAUUCGAAAUUGCGCAGCUGUUCUGCGCACAGCAAUGGCCGACUAGACGUGUUUAGUACACGUCAGCUCAGAAUCUUGCUGAAAAAUCGCCUGUUUUACUGCUUAAACCCGCGAUUUGAGUCACGGGAUGGACGAACAGCAAGGCGGGGUGAUUCAGGAUGAGCGUGGACAGUGGGUGGAGGACGUAGGACACCCAGAUCUGUCUCAGGACCCGACAAUCGUACAGGAUACCUACAAAAUAGUGAGAGGUCUACUGGUUCAGUAUGGAUGGCUGGUGUUGUUUGUUAUUGUUGUGCUGAUGUACCUGAAGAGUAAACUCAACCCCUACAUAGAACAGUACAGGAGGAAAAGGGAGAAUGCCACCAACCAGGCUGCAUACAAUCCAGAUGUGGCCCUGUCCAGACAAGAGGCCAUGGAACAGGCUCGCCUGAGGAUGCAGGAGAAACAGGACGCACUGGCAGCACAGUAUGCAGAGGAACUCAGAAAGAGGGAGGAAGCAAAGAGGGAGGAAAAAAUAGAAGAGUGGGAAAAACUCCAGCAAGGAAAAGGAUACCACUCUAAGACCAGAGUCCAGACUGAUGAUGCAAGUGGACAAUCUAAACCAAAGCCUCAACCUAAAAAACGCCUCAGAGAUGGUUUUAACCCCAUGACUGGCGAGGGUGGCGGCUCGUGUCGCUGGCGACCGUCUCCGAGAGGCGGGGCACGCGGCGGCGGAUGAGGUUAAAGUUCGUGUGCAUGGACCACAGUGCACUUUGGUUCUGUCCAGCCCUGUCUCUCCUUUUCUCUCUACCUUCCUAAUUUCUCUAAUCUACAAGGCAUUCCUUGUCUUUGUUUAAAGUUUUGCCUUCUUUGAGUUACUGUAGGUCACUUUAUGUUUACAGUAGCAGAAUUUGAGAAAACUUGAGGUCUUCAUGGAACGAUAUGUUCACUUUGCAGGAAAAAGAAAGUUGGCAAUUGAUUUGUUAGGCAUAAUGAUAAGUUUACGGUACUGAAGUGACCAUGAAAAAGACGUGAACAUAAAAGUACUGUGAAAAAAUCUGGAAUUACAGUAUUCAACUCUUCUCUUUGUCUCUUGGACUGGACACCAAAUGCCUGUUUGUUUGCACACAAAUUCAGCUCCAUCUUUCCAAUGGACAGCAACAUCUUUCAAAGUGACUACUAUUAGACCACAUACAUACUGCAAUUGUUGCAACAUUUACUAUACUACAAGUUUGUCAUAUAUAGAAUAUAUGUAUCUACUUUUUUUUCUUGGUCCACACAGGGUUACAGCAGAUAUUACAGCAUAACGGUAAAGAUUACUAGUAUUUCAUGUGUUGUAUAAGCUUUGAUGUGAUCAAGAGUGUAAUGUUGCUGUACAUUUGAAGGAAGGAGUAAGUUUAGGCAGUCAACUUCUGAGGGCAGCUUCUAUCAAAGUAGGACAUGUUUUAUGGUUAUAACAGUAUCAUACAUUUUGUACAUCCGUUCCAAGUCAUGUACAGUAUAUAUUAUACUGUUAAGAAAGCCACACUAAAGUGCAGACUAGAUAGGAUUUUGUCCUAACUGAAACUAUUUGUUAUUUUUGCUUUUCAAGCAGGUCAGGCAUUUGCAAUACACUUUAUACAUGUACUGGAUUUCUUAGGUAAAAGAAUCUAUACAUACAAUGUAUGUAGCAAAUUGUUGCAUAAUAAUCAUACAAUGUUAUGUGUUACAUACAAGAUUGUUCUGUAGAUAAAAGUAUUAAUUAUGAAGUAGAAUACAAUUUUUCAUGCCUUUGAAUUUUAUUAGCAAGAUUAUUAUUCUAUUUACAUCAACUUACCAGGACUGAAAGAUGUAAAAUUUUGUUAUGUAUGUCCUUACUUUGACCUGCCCUCAGAAGUUUUAAUGAUGUUUGUGCUAAAAAUGACUGUUAAGUCAGUGGUAUAGACUGAGAAAAACUGCCUUGUUGCACUGAAUUGUAGAUACUGUUUGCUUGAAUAUUAUUAUAGCAAAUCUAUAUGAAUGGAACAUAUUGAAUUCUGCUGCUGGAAAAUGUGUACAACUGCAGAUAAAUGAUAAAUAAAAUCAAGUAAAUAGA